AUGGGUGGAGGGGACUCAGGCAUUGCAGCAGAUGGAACUAUCAAGACAUACAUGUUGGACUAUGGCCAUGGGUUCGCUGUUCCGAAGAUAAGUCACAGGAGCCGGAUGCCCAGCCGGAGUUUUCGAAUCAUUGCCGACGCGGUGGUCGCAACGGUCGUGGUCUUCCUGCUCGUUCGUUGUGCAUUGCAACUAGCAGGCAAAAGGAGCUUGAACGCCUGGUCCCAGAGGCGGCUCGCGGAACAAGCCGCUACGUGCAAACCAAAAAGGACGCAUAAAAGUCCGAAGAAAAAAGGGCAAGCUCCAAGGGAGCGUCAGCGUGAACCACGUACACCUGACACACCACCACGGUCUGCGGACGCUUCAGCAGCAGCAGACUCUUUUGGGAGUGAUGCGCACAAUCUGCCUUCAGAAGAGCCUCGUGGGCGUGCGAGUCCUGCGGUAAUUGAGGCAACUGCAGCAGCUGGUGGUGAACAGGCAGAGCAGGCCGAAGCUCCAGCGCCUGAUGGGCCAAGCGGUGCAACGGAAUCUGUUCUUUCCGCAGGGCGGGAAGAUCAAAAGGAAGAAGGUCAAAGGUUGCCAGACCCUUGUGCGCCGCCGACGGCUGCGGGAAGGAAGGGAAUUUCCGCUGCUGAUGGAGAAGAAGCAGCACAAGGGGCUGGGUACGCACUGCCCUUUCGAUCAGAAGGCAUUGCGGGAGUUGGGGGAUACUCGACAGGGAGUGGAGGAGGGACAACGCAGCAGCCUGGACACCCAGCCCAUCAAAAACUACCUGCCGGUGCGAAGGGUGCUUGGGCAGAUUCAGGGGCACGUUCGGCAGGAAGGACACAGCAGCUUGCGUUUCCAUUGCUUGAUUUAUCGGCAGUCGGUACAACGGGUGGGGAGUCUGGGGAACAGCCAGCAGAUGUACCAGAACAGCUUCCCGGGCAGCGGAUGCCUGAUGCGCAGGCGCUUGCACUUCCUGCAGGGGGUCUCGAUGCAAAGGAACCACGGGAUGAGCCUGCAAGAUCGCGAGGAACAGCGGAGCAGCGCGGACACCCAGCCCAUCAACUACCUGCCGAUGCGAAGGGUGCUUGGGCAGAUCCAGGGGCACGUUCGACAGGAACGACACAGCAGCUUGUGUUUCCAUGGCUUGAUUUAUCGGCAGUCGGUGCAACGGGAGCAGACCAACAAACAGCUGCGGUCGCUCUUACCGAGGCGGCUAGUCCUUUGACGACCGGGAUAAAGCAAGCAGUCGCAUCCGUAAAGGAAGCGACUGAGUCGUUCCUUCAGCCUGCUGCAACGAAAGGCUGGCUGUACCUCUUCCCACUUAUCAGCGAACAGCAGACGAGAGAAGACCUGAACAGCGUGAUGUUCUUUCUUGACGAUCUUAGACACGACCAGAGACCUGGCCGUUUCGGGCGAUUUACGACAACCUGUAGAGGCUUUACUUUCGAUAUUGGUGUUUGGCACAGGGUUUCCUCUUCUGGUUGGCCAACCGAAAGAAUUUUGCAAACCGCCGCGAAAUACCUGCAAAACUUCCUUACGGAUGUGACAGCACUUUUCGAGAAUGGAGACAACAAAUCUGACGGCGUUGCAGGUCGAUCCUCCAUAGAGAGGCUACUGGAGCUUAAGACGGAAGAUGGUGACAACGUAGUGGGUUCUGUUCUAAUUCGGCUUGUCGCCGCGACCAAGGCAACUCUGCAACGCAAAACCUGGGGCUCAAUGGGCUACCCCAAAUGGGUGCAUCGUGUAUUCUGCAUCAUUUUUUUACGCAUCGUGGGCGUCGGAAAUGAUGGGAGGAUGAUCAUCGUGCUACCUACUGACGAAGACGCACAGGAACAGUUUGGCGAUCGAUCACUCUUAGUGGCUCCCGAGACCAACUCUGCUGGAUCCGUUGGAUCAGUUGGCUACUACAAGCUGGGCAUAAGCAAUGUGGCUGUUCUGCAGCAACAGCGGCAGAGUGGGUGGCUCGGAGGAGGCGACUCGUCGUGA